AAAAAAAAAAAGCCACACUGACGGUAAGGUUCUUUGUAUCGCUAGGUGGAAAUAGAUCCAAGAGUGAUUGUCGAUCAAGUUUUUGUUUGACUUGGUGGAAAUCAAUCCAACUUGUUCAGUGUUAGGAAUCGAUUUCCAAAGUUAUCGUGAAGGUCGAGGAAGGUAUCAACGCGGCUUCCUUCAAAGGGAUGGACGAAGACGAUAAGGAAUACUGGGAAGAAUUGCUGGAGUUCAACCGCCAACCUCCGCCGUCUGGGAGCACCGCCGAUGACGCCGGGGAAGGUAUCAACGCGGCUUCCUUCAAAGGGAUGGACGAAGACGAUAAGGAAUACUGGGAAGAAUUGUUGGAGUUCAACCGCCAACGUCCGCCGUCUGGGAGCACCGCCGAUGAUGCCGGGGAAGGUAUCAACGCGGCUUCCUUCAAAGAGAUGGACGAAGACGAUAAGGAAAAUCCAUUUAGCAGCCCCUUGGUAUUGAAUGAACAUUUGAAGAAAACGCAGAUUGGUGACGAGAAGAAGCUCAAUAUCCCUGCAGGACAACAACAACAUAAUCUCUGCGAGAAAUGUUUGACAACCAGCGAUGACCUGCACCGCCUCGUCGUUACCGCCAACAAGGACGCCUGUAAGUACUUUCCAUUAGCCACUGUCUUCAGAAGCACUGACAACUUCCUCCAGUUAGAGGACGAGGAAGGAAAACCAUGGAUGUUCGAGUUCUCAUACCUUAAAGUCAGUCAAAUUUACGAAUUCACCGAAGCUUGGAGCAGCUACGUUAAGGAGAAGCAGCUGGGAAUCGGAGACUUUGUUUUCAUCCAACGACACCGUACCGACAGCAGCAGGCUCUCCAUUGGCUUCAGAAGGCGCAACAAUAGUCUUCUGUAUGAGAAUCCAGCACCACUGACUAUGUCCAUUGGGGACGGUGGCUCUGCUCUACAGUCGGAUAAUUUUCCAUGUCAUGAUCCAGCGCCAUCCACCAUAUCCUUUAUGGACGGUGACGCUCCUCUACAGUUGACUCCCCCAUUCCAGUCGGAUAAUUUUCCAUGUCAUGAUCCAGCACCAGCUGCUCUACAGUUGGAUCCGUGUCAGGAUACAUUUCCAUGUCAUGAUCUAGCACCACCAACCAUAUCCUUUGGGGACGGUGGUGCCGCCCCCAGAGACUGCAUUUAUCUUCUUCCGGACUCUGUCACAUCCUCCGAGACGCUGGAACAGCCAAGAGUCUCUGGGUAUAGCAUUACAGGGGUUGACCAUAUUUUAGUCAUUUCUUGUGGUUACAACCAAAGCUCUGAAGAGAGAUACUUCAUCAGCUACAUCUUCAACGAGUUACGUCUCCGUGGCUUCGCCCCUCUGGGUUAUGAUCUAUCCAGGAGCCCAGUCAAUGGGAAUCAGGAUCUGCUAGACAAGUCACAGCUUGGUAUUAUCAUUUUCUCCAUGAACUAUGUUUCUUCCAGAGAAUGCAUGGAUGGAUUUGUGGCCCUCAUGGAUCAUUCGAAAGCAAACGAGCUUAUGCUCUUUCCUGUCUUUUUUGAAGUAGAGUUUUGUAACGUCAAGGACCAGGCUGGCUCUUUUGAAAAAGCAUUUGCACAAUUUGAGAAUUCAGUCCAGGCAUCCCAAGUUCUGAAAUGGAAGGCGGCAGUCAAGGAAUUAACUUCCACGGAUAGAUAUCAUCAGUAUAAGAAAGGGGACGAGGUUAUGCUUGCAAAGAAUAUUGUUAGAGAUGUCCAAGUCAAUUCUAAAACUGGGAGUAAUCUAACAGAAAGUCUGCAGUUAAGUUAUAUAUUGUCCCUGCUGAAUAGUUCGCAAUCUUCAGCACCACAUAUUGUUGGACUUUGGGGUAUGGCCGGCAUAGGGAAGACUACCUUCUCUAGAGAAAUUUUCAGAACACAAGGUGAGAGAUAUGACGUGUGCUACUUUUUGCCAGACUUUCAUCAAUUGUGUCAAACAAAAGGGCUGAAUCCUUUGCGUGAAGAAUUCUUGUCAAAAAUCUUUGGAGAAGAAAAAGUUUUCAUAGACCCAUGUGGUACAAAACUAAGUUUCACAAGAGAUAGGUUCCGUGAUAAAAAAGUUCUGAUUGUCCUUGAUGGUGUCAGUAAUGCUAGAGAUGCCGAAGUCUUGGUUGGAGGGUUUGGCUGGUUUUCUGGUGGACAUACAAUCAUCUUAACAUCUAGGAAUAGGCAAGUUCUCGUAAAAUGUAACGCCAAAGAGAUUUACGAGAUCAAGAAAUUAUCCGAGUCUGACUCUAUUCGCCUUUGCCGCCAGUUUGCCACUGAAAAAAAUUGGAAGGUCAGGAUGUCUUUGAUCGAGGAGCUGGUGAACUACGCUAGUGGCAAUCCACUGGCUCUACGGGCCUUAUGUUCGUCUAUUCAAAAGCAAUGUAUUAGCGAUGAGGAAGAACAUCUGAGUAUAUUACAUCACCAUCCACCAAUCGAGAUUCGUGAUGCAUUUGGAGGAAUUUUUAGAGAACUAGAUGACAACGAGAAGAAUACAUUUUUGGACCUCGCAUGUUUUUUCAAAGGAGAGAAUAAAGAUCAUGUGGUGAACAUACUUGAUGGUUGCGGUUUUCUUACAGAUUUAGGAAUCUCUGGUCUCAUUGAUGAGUCCCUCAUCAGCCUUGUAGAUAACAGGAUAGAGAUGCCUAAUAUUUUCCAAGACAUGGGUCGAUUUGUUGUUCGUCAAGAACACGAAGAGGCAGGCAAGCGUAGCAGAUUGUCGGAUUCUAGUGACAUUGUUGAUGUGCUGACAAACAAUUCAGGAACAGAAAUAAUUGAAGGCAUAUUUCUAAAUGCGUCUGGCUUGAAACUGAAGCUGAGUUCUAAUGUAUUUGAGGAGAUGGAUAGACUUAGAUUGCUGAAGCUCCACUAUCCAACUUCUGAAAACGACUGCAAAGUUUCUCUUCCUGAAGGCCUCCUUUCUUUGCCGGAUGAGCUACGGCUACUCCAUUGGGAAAGAUAUCCUCUAGAGUCCUUACCUGGGAACUUCAAUCCUGAAAAUCUUGUAGAACUGAACAUGCCAUACAGCAACUUGACAAAACUAUGGGAAGGAACAGAGAGUCUUGAGAUGCUAAAGAGGAUCAUUCUGAGUCACUCCCGACAGUUGACUGAUUUCUCAUGGCUUUCAAUGGCUACGAACCUUGAGCAUAUUGAUCUUGAAGGAUGUACGAGUCUGGUUGAAGUUAACUCAUCAUCUAUUCUUCAUCAUCGCAAGCUUAGUUUCUUGAGUCUGAAAGACUGUUCUCAUUUGCGUAUAAUUCCUAGCACAGCUCAUCUAGAAUCUCUUGAAGUUCUUAAUCUAUCCGGCUGCUCAGAGCUCGAGCACCUUGAGGAUUUCUCACCAAACCUGACAAAGAUAUAUCUCGCUGGGACUGCCAUUAAAGAAAUACCAUCGUCAAUAGUGGCUCUCACUAGGCUUGUUACAUUAGAUGUGGGGAAUUGUAAUAGACUUCAGCAUCUGCCACCAGAGAUUAACCUGAAAGCUGUGGUCGGAUUUACACCAUCUCAGCCGGGACAACCUGUGUGCACCUCAUAUUUUCACACUGGAAUCUGCAGUAAGGGUCCUGCUUGUUCUUCUGAUCAUCCAACGUUGUCAACACACAAGAACACAUCAUCCAUUGCUUCCGAGACACAGGUUCAUGUAGAACUAAUUCGUGCUCUUACACAUGAAAAUCCUUCAAGUAAUAACCUUGAGGAAGUAUCAACUAAGAAACCCAGAAUACAUAGGACCACGUCUUUUGUGACUUCCGGGACACUGGAUUUGAAUCAGCAAGAAAUUGGUUUCUCUUUUUUUAAUCAACCAGAAUCGUCGUCCCCGCUUGGAGCUUCAUUAAGUGAGUUCAGUAGGGGUGGGCGUUCAAAUAAGGUUUUUCAGAUUUUCGGAGUUUCUGUUAUAUGUAAACCCAAUAAUUGAAUAGAAUCAAAAUAAAUACGAUGUACUCGAUUGGUGUCAAUAACACACGAUGGUUCUGACUGAAAGGCAUUGCUAGUGUUA